CGUCCACGUCGUCGGAUUUCCGCUUGCUGGAAGAGGGAGAACACGGCUCGAUGAUUCAGCAAGAAACUAAACUAAACUAGUUUCCUAAAUGAAGCACAGAGGGACACCGGAUGAGGUCAAGACGAGGGGAACAAAACAAUCCCGUGUUUGACACCUCCAGUCAUUAAUUAGAUAAUGGAGACAGACGAAUACAGGUCGGGACAUGUCCGCACCGUCCCAGCGCUGCAUCACGCUCUCCAGACAAGAGAAAUAAAUAAAUGAAGCUUCCCGGGAGAGAACACACACAUUUCAGUUAAUGACCAUCCGGAAGAGAAAAUCUCUUUUCCAAUAACAAGAGGAGAGAAGGGGGCUUUAUAAACAGCGUCUCCAGAUUUGCUCCGACAGAAACGACUGCCUGUGUCAGGAUAACGCUGACGGAUCUCUGAACGAUGUCUGACCGGAUGCAUCCAGCUCUGGACGGGGUUCUGCGCGCUUCGCAGGAUGUUAGCAACUCUUCUCAUCCGUUUCACAUCCUCAUGCAGUCCGGCCAAAACUCCUCGACGCUCUUCUCCGCCUCUCCUCCUCCUCCGUCGCCUCCCGCCUCGACGGACGUGGCCGCCUCCCCCAACGCGGCGUACAUGACGGCCGAGCUCAUCAUCGCCUUCCUCUCCACCGGCGGGAACCUGCUGGUUUGCGCCGCGGUGGGCGUCAACCGCAGGCUGCGCGCCAACGUCACCAACUACUUCCUGGUCUCGCUGGCGGCGGCCGACGUGUGCGUGGGCGCGGUGGCCAUCCCCUGCUCCAUCCUGACCGACGCCGGCCUGCCGCGCCACAACCUGCCCCUGUGCCUGCUGAUGCUCAGCGUCCUCAUCAUGCUCACGCAGAGCUCCAUCUUCAGCCUGCUGGCGGUGGCCGUGGAGCGCUACGUCGCCAUCUUCAUGCCCCUCCGCUACCGCGUCCUGAUGACGCCGCGCAACGCCGCGCUGGUGAUCCUCGCCACCUGGCUCCUGGCCUUCCUCAUCGGGCUGGUGCCGCUGAUGGGGUGGCACAAGGCCCCGCCCGAGUCGGGCCACUGCUUCUUCGUGCUGGUGGUGGACAUGACCUACAUGGUCUACUUCAACUUCUUCGCCUGCGUGCUGGCGCCGCUGGCGGUCAUGUUCCUCAUCUACGCGCGGAUCUUCGUCGCGGUCAAGCGGCAGGUGCGGCGCAUCGCGUCGGAGCACGGCGGCCGGGGGGAGGGGCCGGCGGGGGCCGCGGCGGCCAGCGUGCGGCGGGAGGUGAAGACGGCCACGUCGCUCUUCCUGGUGCUGUUCCUCUUCGCCGUGUGCUGGCUCCCGCUGCACGUCGUCAACUGCUUCCUGCUGCUCUGCCCGCGCUGCCGCGUGCCGCUGGAGCUGCUGCUCACCGCCAUCAUCCUCUCGCACGCCAACUCCGCCGUCAACCCCUUCCUGUACGCCUACACCAUGACGGCGUUCAGGGACACGUUCAAGGCGAUCUUCCUGUGCCGCGGGACCGCGGGAGCCCGGGAGGCUCGGCGCGGCGCCGACGGCGGUUCGGCGGCGCAAAACGAGCAGCAGACCCGAGCGGCGGGAAUCGGAAAAUAAACCGACACAACAGACUGUCGUCCCGUCGCUCCUCUCACCCCUCAG